AAAUGUAACUGUAAACUUGCCAGGUGUCUGUGAAAAUUGUGAAAACCAAUUGUGUGCCAUGGAUCUGGGCGACGCCAAACUCCGACCCUUGCGUGUCCUUGGCAGUGGCUCCUUUGGGCGCGUCUUCUUGUGCAUGCAGCGCGAGGGUCGCCAUGAGCGUAAAGUGUGCGUUAAGCGCAUAAUUAUGCGGAAUGUGAAGAAUGAGUUGGCCCUGAUCAAGGAAGAGAUCUAUAUCAUUUCACAGCUGCGCCAUCCGAAUAUCGUGCAAUUUAUACGCCACUUUAUGCACGCGGGCACUAUGAACAUUGUCAUGGAAUAUGCAUCCAAUGGAACCAUACGCAAUGUCAUUCAACAGACACGCUCAGCAGGAGGUGUGGCAAGUGCUCGUCUAUUACGUUAUUUCAGCGAUAUGAUUAUUGGACUGGAGUACUUGCACAUACGCCACGUUAUUCAUCGCGAUAUCAAGCCAGAGAAUAUGCUGCUGGAUGCGAAUGAUCGUGUCAAGUUUGCCGACUUUGGCAUAUCCAAUAUACAUACACCCUUGAAGGAGCUGCCAUGGAGGGUCCUUGGCACACCACUCUACAUGGCGCCAGAGAUAAUGUGUGGCGGGAAAUGUGACUUUAAAUCAGAUAUCUGGUCACUGGGCCUGGUGCUCUACGAACUCUGCAUUGGCCGCAAUCCGUUUAUAUCAGUGCUUGAUCCAAAUGCCCGUUUCGAGCAAGUGCACAACGUAGUUAAGGCGAUGUCGCGUCCCAAGCUUGACUGUCAGCUAAUGCGACAACGAUACGAUCCUGUUUGGACGCGCAUCUGUGAAUCAAUGGUUGUCUACGAUCAGAAUCAACGCAUCUGUCUCCCUGAUCUCUUCUGCCUAGAUCCCUUCAUUACGCUGACCAUUUAUAAGCAAUACUUCAACUAUAGCUACUAAAUUGUAACGUCAUUCCAUGUAUACAUCUCUCAUAUUUGUCAUUAUUUCAUAUUAUAUUCUGUUUAAUGUUCCAUAUUCUGAUAAAACAAGUGUUGGCUUAAUUACUAGAUAGCUUUAUGUUUGAUCCCUUCAUUACGCUGACCAUUUAUAAGCAAUACUUUAACUAUAGCUACUAAAUUGUAA